AUGACACACCAGCCACCCUUCGACCUCCCUCAGAUAGGAUCCCCAUCCUUCACCCCUCUACUCCUCCGCUAUGUCCUCGCUCAUCCUUCCCUAGAUGGUUGGCCCAUCAACCCAUCCUUGUUCUCUGUGAUUAUACUAGCGAUGAUAGUGAGGAAAGGAGGUGUGGUGGUCGAUACCAAUAAGAGGGAUGUAGACGUUCUCGUUAAUGCCGUACAUCAUAUGAUUAGGUUGAUAUUUGAUUUAAGAGUAUAUCAUUUAUCGCUUGAUGAACACUCUGGAUUGGAAGAUGUGGUAAAUCACUUAUCCCAUCAAACGUCCCAGCCGAACAGGACAAUGCUAGAUCGUGGAUAUGAUAAUGAAAGGCAGCCGGGUAGGCAAAUAGACAAUGAGGAUGCAGACGAGAUGGAAGUUCUUGUGAUAACUGGGUUGGAGAGUGCCCGUAGUCCAGUGAAAGUGAAGCUGGCAGGUAUCAUGACUAAGAAACGUAUAAGAGUACCUUCAAGUCAGAAGAAUGACGAGGAUGUGACAGGAGACGGAUUAGAAAGAAAGUCCGAUCCGCUCAUUAUCUGGGUACGGGAGGAAGGGAAGGAAGUACCGUCUUGGAUGAUCGAUCAUUUCAUGCUGGGACUCAAUAUCGAUUCGGACGACAUUGAACCACCUCCAUCUGAUCUGGACUAUCCUCCGAGUGGAGAAGGUAUACUACCUAAUACUUAUAUCAACCAGCUCGCAUCUUUACUACCUUAUGUACACAUCCACGCCCCGCUAAAGAUACACAUGAGCAACCUCCUUUCUGCCGUUUCCUCCCAUCCGGGAUUACGAACCGCCAUGACUGGGAGGUCAACAAGGUGUUUUGGGGAAUAUGUUAAAGCCCAUCGACUAUUGAGUGGAUCAUUCACUGUACCAUACGCGUUCUUCGAAUCCUCAUCGACCCAAAAUGGAUACGAGGAAAAGUCUUUGAAAGGAACAGGUCUUGGAGGCGGGAUAGGUGGAGUGGAUACUUGGGCUGAGAUGGCGGGUGAAGAACCUUCCCUUUCCAAGUUUGUCAGUGAGACUGAAGGAGUUGUAGAUGAUGUAUAUUGUACGCCGGCUAAUGUUGAGGGUGUAUGGAAGGUAUUUGUGGGGCAUCGAUGUAGGAGCAGAGAAGAGAGGGAGGAAGUUAUGUAUCUGAUCAAAGGAUCUGCUGUGGAUGGGAAUGCAGAUGAAACGAAGAAGAAGAAGGGUGGAAAGAGGAGAGGGGUGGACAGGAUAUUAGAUGAGAUUCUGAGGACUGUUUAA